AUGGAUCUAGAAGUUGAUGAUGAUGAUCUUCGUUCAUUAUCUGAACGUAUUUUACCUUUAACAUCUACAUCUUAUACUAAUAAUACAUCUCCUCGUAAUAAUAGUCGUACUCGUUUAUUAAAACCACAAAAAAGUAUUUCAUAUAACAAUCAAUUAUAUAAUGAAGAAACAUCUUUACCACUAACAGCAAAUACAGGUGAUAUAAUACAAAUGAGUGAUGGUACAAGAAAGAAAUAUAAUGGUUCAUCAUGGCGUCGUAUGUGUUCAAAACCAAAUUGUACUUAUUAUACACAAAGUCAAGGUUUAUGUAAACCACAUUUAGCUGCAUUAAAAAAACGUAAAAUAUUUAAAAAUGAUAAUAAUGAUUUAUCAAUAACACAACAAAUAACAACUGAACAAGAACAACCAAAAAAAGGUGAUAUUAUUAUUUUAUCAAAUGGUAUACGAAAAAAAUUCGAUGGACGACAAUAUCGACGUAUUUGUAAUAAAUCAAAUUGUACUAUAGUUGUACAUGGAAGUGUUGAAUAUCAAAAUGGUUUCUGUCCACAGCAUUAUCAAGAAUUUCGUGGUAAAACUACUAGUCCAUCUUUACCUUGUCCUGAAACUGAACAGCAAUUUUUAUCUGAACCUUCUUCAAAUCUAUUAAUACAAUCUAUAAAUUCAUCAUCAUCAUCAUCAUCAUCAUCAUCACGUAAACGUCGUCGACUAAAAUCUCCAUCAAUUACUAAUCAUUCUCAAUCAUCAAUAUUUGAUACAAUAAAUAAAAAUUCUAUACCAAAACCUAAUCGUCGUUUAUCAAUAGCUGUUAUUCCAGCAUCUGUUGAUAUAAAUCAUCCAAAUAAAGGUGAUAUUAUUGAAAUGGAAAAUGGUUCAAGAAAAAAAUUUGAUGGUGUUGUUUGGCGUACAAUUUGUUCAAUGCCAGGAUGUUUAAUAGCUGCACAACGAAAUGAAUUAUGUCGAAAACAUUUUAUUAAACUUAAUGGUAAACCAAAUACAGCACCAACUAUGGCUAUGAAUAUUAUUGGAUCAGGAACAAUGGUUAUGCCAAGAACGAAUAGUACUUCAUCAUUAGAUGAAAAAAUAGAACUUCAUGAUUCACAAAAGAAGGAAACAAUUUCAAAUAUAAAAGAAGAAUCAGUAGAUUAUGAUGAUAAUCAACAAGAAGAAACAAAUAUUGAUAAUAUAUCAUACAGUUAUAGUGCUUCAGAUGAUGAUACACAAAAUAAACAAGAACAAUCAUCAUCUCUAAUAGAUGAAGAUAAUUUAGGUGCACAAAUAGAUCAUACAUUAAUCAAUGCACUUUCAGCUAGUCGAGAAAAAUUUCCAACAACUUAUUUAAAAAAAUGGCUUCGAGAACAUCGUACUCAUCCAUAUCCAAGUAAUCAAGAAAAAUUACAAUUAGCUAAACAAUCAUCAAUAACAUAUGAUCAAGUAACAACAUGGUUUAAUAAUGCACGAGCUAUACUUCGACGUCGUCAAGCUAAAUUACGACAUUCAUUUGAUACUGUUGAUGAUGAUAAUAAUAAUAAUAAUAAUAAUAAUAACGAUGAUGACGAUAAUGAACAAUUAUCAUAUGAAAAUAAAAAACGUUCUGAAUCUUCAAGAGGUCUUCUUCCUCCUCCUCCUUCUCGAUCAUUACCUUUAUUUAAUGGUAUAUGUUGUCGUUCAAUAGGUAUACAAUGUAAUCCUUCAACAGUCGAUCAAACAACAUUAACAUCAACAAAAAUAUCUGUUAUGACAGAUGAUGAAUUAACAUCAGAUCGUACAAUAAGAAUUUUAACACCAUCAAGUCGAGUAUUUAAAACAAAUUAUCUUAAAAGAAAUAGUAGUCAUGAAUUUUUAUUAAAUGGAAUUAAAAUUGAAGAUGAAAAUGAACGAGAAAAAAAAAUUAUUGUUACAAGUACUUGUCUUGAUGAUGAUCAAAUGACUCAUUUAAAAGAAUUUUGUUCAAAAUUUCAAAUUGAAUUAUCAAAUAUUGUUGAUGAACAUACAACACAUUUAAUAACUGAUGAAGAAGGUGAAACACUUGUAUGUCCAUUAUCAAAAAAAGUUAUACAAUCUGUUGCACGUCAUAUGUAUAUUGUAACAUAUCGUUGGAUUGAUGCUUGUUUAAAAGCAAAUCGAAUAUUAAAUGAAAAAUUAUUUGAAAUUCAAGGAGAUUUAACACUUUCAUCAGAUCAUAAUGGUAUGCAACGAAGUCGUCAAAGUAUAUUACCAGAUAAUUUACCAAAAAAUUUAUUACUUGAAAAUUUUUCUAUUAUGUUAAAAUGUAAUGGAUGUCAAGAAAUGAUGAAUAAUGAUGAAUUAAUUGAAUUAGUUCAAUUAUCAGGUGCUAAACAUACAACUGAUUCACAUUUUUCACGUUUACAAACAGGGAUAACACGUAUUGUUCUUUGUGAAAAAGAAUAUUUAAUUAAUCGACGUGAAAUGUAUGAAAAAUGUAUUCAUGCUGGUAUUCAUUUUCUUACUCCUGAAUGGUUUCUUGAAUCACUUGUUCAAUAUCGUAUUCAACCGUUUCAAGAAUAUCAAAUAACACCUUAA